AUGAAGAGAACGCUAACUGCCAGUAACGAGCGUAAGGGCUGGAAGGAUCCUGGUUUGACUCAUAACCAGUUUUAUGUAGCAGGUGCUGCUGCUGGUCUGGCAAACGGUUUCUUAGCAUGUCCCAUUGAACAUAUCCGUAUCAGACUUCAAACCCAGGGUGCCGGUCCUGCUCUGUAUAAGGGCCCUAUUGACUGUAUCAGAAAAAUCACUGCUGCGUCUGGAACCAGUGGUCUAUUCCGGGGUAUUGUGCCCACUUUGGUGCGUGAAGGACACGGUAUGGGUGCCUAUUUCCUAACUUUCGAGGCAUUAGUCGACAGAGACAUCCGUAAGAACAACAUUGCCAGAAAAGACAUCCCUGGCUGGAGACUGUGCUCGUACGGAGCCAUGGCCGGCUACGCCAUGUGGAUCACCGCGUACCCCAUUGACGUGAUCAAGUCAAAACUGCAGACCGACAAGCUCAACAAAUCCGAAAGACAAUUCAAAAGUUCUCUGGACUGUGCUCGCCAGAUCCUCAAAACCAAUGGUGUCAAGGGCUUCUUCAGAGGUUUCCUGCCAACCAUGCUCAGAGCUGCUCCUGUCAACGCCUGUACAUUCUACACCUUCGAGCUCACCAUCAGAUAUCUCGGUUAA